AAAAACAAGUUGUAGAAAGUGAGAGAGAGAAAACCCUAAAGGCACAAAAUAGGUUUUGGCUGUCGUUUCGUCCCUCCCUCUUCCGUUGAACGAACAUCGGCGUUUUCACCGACGAAUCCAACUUUCUUUCCAUUUCUCUCUACGAUUCAGAGAUGAUUAUAACUUUCUGCUUAUGCAGGUCUUUCACUUGGAUUCAGAAAUAGCACUUUUGUUUCUUCUAGAUAAUUAGCGACAGAGAUGGAUGAUUGGGAGGCUGAAGACUUUCAACCAACUCCUGCUAAAGUUGAACUGAAAAGUAACUGGGAUGAUGAGGAUGUUGAUGAGAAUGACAUCAAGGACUCUUGGGAAGAAGAGGAUGAUGAUGAGCCUGCUCCGGCAGCUGUAGUAAAGCCUGCUCCAAAGAAAGCAGCAAAAGUUGUUGAAAAGAAGGCUAAAUCUGUUGAAGAACCAUUAAAGGAAGAGCCUUUUGAUCCUAUUGCUGACAAACUUCGCAUGCAGAGGCUAGUGGAGGAAGCUGAUUACCAGGCAACUGCUGAACUCUUUGGAGCAAAGACUGAAGCAAAAAGCGUUGAUAUUUUCAUUCCCAAGUCUGAAAGCGACUUCUUGGAAUAUGCUGAGAUGAUAUCUCGUAAGCUUGUACCUUAUGAGAAAAGCUUUCACUAUAUUGGGCUGCUCAAAGCAGUGAUGAGACUUUCUGUGGCCAAUAUGAAAGCAGCUGAUGUUAAAGACGUUGCUUCCUCCAUUUCGGCAAUAGGAAACGAAAAGCUCAAGGCAGAGAAAGAUGCUGCUGCCGGCAAAAAGAAGUCAGGUAAGAAGAAACAACUGCAUGUGGAUAAGCCUGAUGAUGAUCUUGUUUCGGGUCCUUAUGGCGCCAUGGACGACGAUGAUUUCAUGUAAAAGAAAAUGGCUUGGAGUUUGCACUUACUACCUAUGUAGGAUAUUGCAACUAAGAAGAGGUUUAAAUCAUUUUACGUUUUUUUUUAAUUAUCUAUUGAAGCAACACAAAUUAUGAAAUUAGUAAAACAGAGUUGCCUUUUUCUCUGUGUUUCAUUUUCUCUAGCCUUCAUUUAAAAAAUUAUGUAGUGUGAUUUUUUUUUU